AUGGACAAGGUAGGGAAAGUUGAUAUUACUAUAAUAUAAGUCGUAGUUUGAUUUUGAGGAUAGUUUAACAAUCUUUAAAUUCUUUGAAAUUUGUAACCAUAUAUUUUAUAAAUUUGUUAAUGAUUUCAUUUUAGACUGAACUGAACGAACUUGAAGUGAAGCCGACUCUGGCCAAACUCAGAUGGAACCAGCCAGCUUCAGCUUGUGUGGUGGAAGUGUUGGACGUGCUGAGGGAAGUGUUGGAGGACUUUAAAGGACGACUUGACAUUGUUGACGUGGAAAGUGUCUUUGAAAGACCAUCUGGAGAGUUGGGUUAUCUUCAGGACCAGUUUUAUACGGCUUACAAAACAUUGGUAAGUAUAUUGUAAGUGGGUUGAUUUUGGUGGAUUGGUACUUUUUAUAUAAGGGUUUAUUGUAACAUGAGCUUAAAAGUUUUAUGGGCAUGGCAUAAUUUAGAGCAUUAUAACUUUGUUUAAAUUUUUUAUGUUGAGUUGGAAGUAGAACAAGUCUGAGGUACUGUGUCACAAAAAUGGUUGUUUAUACGCUUUAAAUUUUAGAUAUACUGUAAUAAUAAUUUAAUAAUAAUUAAAAUGUUAUAAUUAUAUCAACUUCAAAUAAAAACAUUAUGUUUUGCUAUUCUAGUUGAUUACUGUAACUUUAGUGUAUUAUUUUCAGUCUAAACAAGAUCAACGUGGUGGCUUCGUUUGUGGCUUCGAAAACAAGGAUCCUGCAUCACCAGCGACGUCUUCUGUGUCAGUAACUUCACGAUCGCCUACUACAGGCAAAUAA